AUGCCGCUACUCAACAUGGCCAUCCAGCCCCAAAUCGUCUUCAGCGAGGGCGCUUCUUCUGAGCUGAGACGUCUGGGCAAGAUCAAAGAGUUGAAGGAGCCUGUGGCCCUAAGCAGACUCUGCAGCUUUGGAUUGGCUUCCCUUGCGCUCACGGCGAGGCCCAAAGAGGAGCUGCCGAUGACCCGAGAGCACAUCGAGCUACCCGACCGGACCCUGCUGGGGGUGGAUUGGAUCGGCGACAGCAUGGGCGAUCCAGAGGCCAUUGUGCUUGUCUUCCCCGGCAUCGGGACCAACUCCCGCAGAGGCUUCGCAGGCAUGAUCUCGCACCACUUGGCCAAGACCUUCACGAAGCUGAGGGUGGGAGUUGGCGUGAUGCAAGGUCAUGAUAACCUUCCUCUUCAGUCAACAUGCUUACCUGCCACGGCCUAUGUGGGUAAGGGGGACAUCGGUCACAUCAUUGAGCACGUCAGCUCAAAGUGGCCCACUGUACCACUGGCGGUGGUGGGUUGCUCCAUUGGCGCUGCCCAUUUCACUCGCUGGGCUGGGAUGAAUCCGGACAAGCUCCAGGAGUGCAGAGUGCAGGGUGCAGUCCUGGUUUGCCAUGGCCACUCUUCCCGGCCGGCCGCAACGGCCGUGGACGCUUCGGGGGCAGCACCCUUCAUCUUGGCCGCCUAUCGUGACAUCGUUCGCCGCUGCCCAGAUCUGGAGGUCUUGGCGACCAGCUUCCCCGGCUUCAAGCCCGAGAAGCUGCGCAGCGCACGCAACCUGCGCGAAUGGGACGAAGCCUUGCUUCCUGUGUAUGGAUUCUCCGAGCAUGAAGCCGUGAUGGACGCGGUUGACACGACCCCUGCCAUGAUGGAGCAACUCCCCAUUCCGGUCAUCUUCCUGGGAGCAGAGAAUGACCCCAUCACCCCCUCUACCCGCUUGCUCGAGGGCCACGUUUACAAGCUGGUGAAGAACAGCGCAGUGAUUCACAUCAGUCACGGAUCCCACAUGGCCUGGUGGGAAGGGCCUCCUUGGGGCCUGCAUCAGAAUUGGGCGUGCUCCUUGAUGGCAGAGGCGAUCUCUACCCUCACCCACAUUCCGAUCCCGAUCCUGACUCCUGCCGCUCCGGCUCCACCCCCGGGAUGCUUCUGCAGCCGGGCUGCUUAA